AUGAAUAACAUUCUGACAUCAGGUGUCGACUUGUCAGACAGAGCCAAGAGUCUUCAUGCCAAAAUGAGUUCUGGAGGUGCUGCUGCGCUCUACACUCAAGCAGAGCUCAAGGAUUUGGCAGGCAGCUCUUCUCUGACAGACCUUAUGUCUAUCGUUCAGGAGCUGCUUGAUAAGAAUCUGAUAAAACUUAUAAAGCAAAACAACGAGCUCAAGUUUCAAGCCGUCAACUUUGCUGAGGCUCAGAAAAAGGCGGCUAUGACCGCCGAUGAGGCAUUGGUCUAUUCAUACAUCGAAGCCAGCGGGAGAGAAGGUAUAUGGACGAAAACCAUUAAAGCAAGAACCAAUUUGCACACAGUUGUUGUAUCAAAAUGCUUGAAAUCCCUGGAGUCUCAAAGAUACGUGAAGAGCGUCAAAAGCGUCAAGUUCCCUACUCGAAAAAUUUACAUGCUUUACAAUCUACAGCCUUCCAUAGAGGUUACAGGUGGACCGUGGUUCACUGAUAGUGAGCUUGACGUCGAGUUCAUCAACAGUCUGUUAACCAUCGUCUGGAGGUUUGUUUCUGAGCGUACAUAUCCUAAUGGGUUUAAUAACUUCACUGGGGGUCGAGAGGUGCUCUACGCGGCCCACGUCAACAAUUUCGCGACAACAGACGACAUCUUAGAAUUUAUAAUCAGCGCGAAAGUUGCGAAUGUGGAAUUGUCCACUGCCGACAUAAGAUCAUUGUGUCAGGUCUUAGUUUAUGACAAUAAACUGGAAAAAGUGUCAUUUGACUGUUACCGAAUUACCCUUCAAAGCGUUCUGGAAAUGACACAGCCUGCCGGAGAGUCGAAGGAUGAUGCAGACAAUACAUUCACGAUAUUUCGGUGCCAUAAUGUCAUUGCGCCAUCCAGCAACGAUAAUGAAGCUAUCUAUCUCGAUGAGUGGAUAUUGUGA